AUGCAGGACCAGACAUCAGACCAGACCAUCAGGACCAGACCAUCAGGACCAGACAUCAGAUUAGACCAUCAGGACCAGAACCCAUCAGCAGUCAGACCAUCGGGUCAGACCAUCAGACCGGACCAUCAGGACCAGACCAUCAGACCAAAGACCAUCAGGAUUGACCCCAUCAGAUCAGGACCCACCACCCACCACCCACAGCCCCCUCACACCACCCACAGCACCCUAACACCACCCACACCCCUACACCACCCACAGCACACCUCUCACCACCCACAGCACCCGAACACCCAACCACAGCCACCCUCACACACCCAAGAACCCUCACACCACCAACGCAACCUCUCACCACCCACAACCCACCCUCACACCACCCAAAAACCCUCACACCACCCACAGCACCCUCUCACCACCCACAACACCCUAACAACGACCCACAGCACACUCUCACCACCCACAAACACCCAAAACACACCCACAGCCCCCUCACACCACCCAAAAACGCCUCACACCACCCAAGCACCCUCUCACCACCCACAACACCCUAACACCGACCCACAGCCCCCUCACACCACCCAAAAGAACCCUCACAACCACCCAGCACCUCCUCACCACCCACAGCCCCCUCACACCACCCACAGCAUGCCUCACCACCCCAACACCCUAACCACCACCCCACAGCAGCUCUUCACCACCACACUACCGCACACCACCCACAGCAUGUUCUCACCCCUACAACUACCCACACACCACCCACAGCCCCCUCUCACCACCUACACUUACCCACAGCACCCUCAGACGGACCAAUCCCAUUAG